AUGUAUCGCCAUCAACUUUACUCAACUUCAUCGAGCAGCAGUGGUAGCAAGUCAAGCUGGAGCCAGGAAAAUGCGUCUGCCGGCAUGUAUACUGCCUCUUUAUUCAUUGCCAUGUUGGGUAUGUCUUAUGCGGCUGUUCCUCUUUAUCGACUCUUCUGUGCCAGCACAGGCUACAGUGGCACACCAGUGAUUGAUGCAUCUCGUUUCAGCAAAGAAAGACUAGUGCCUCAGCAAGACAGUAGACGUAUCCGUAUUACAUUUGAAUCCAACACAUCUGAUUCAUUACCCUGGACAUUCAAGCCAGAGGUGCGUGAGGUCUUUGUAGUCCCAGGUGAAACUGCAUUGACAUUUUACAAGGCAAAGAGCAAGGCAAAGGAGGAUGUCAUUGGUAUUGCAACGUACAAUGUUACACCUUACCGUGCUGGUUCUUAUUUCAACAAGAUUCAGUGCUUUUGCUUUGAAGAGCAAAAGUUAACGCCCGGAGAAGAUGUCGAUAUGCCUGUGUUCUUCUUUAUCGAUCCUGAUUUCUUGGAUGAUCCAUUGAUGAAGGAUGUCAAUACAAUCACACUCAGUUAUACCUUCUUCAACUCAAAGUAUGCAAAGGGGCUGGCUCCCGUACAGCCUCAAGCAGCAUCCGCAUAG